GCACCCUGUGCAACGUUUUGGGCCUAUUUUCCAACAUCUCCGAAGCUUAAGGUGAAAGUAGGAGUAACUUUUGCUUUUAACGAGAGACCCUUCUUGCAAAAUGUUCAUUGCAAUUUGCAACCUGUGAAAAUGAAGCCGAGACUCGUUGCUUCAAUUUCUGCUUUAAUGGCUGGUGAACGUGCCGGAAUUUUCAAAGCCAUUUCCGGCAUCUUUCCGGAAUCUCAAACAUUCAACGGCUUCGGCGGAAACUGCAGCAGCUUCCAGUUCCAAAGAUUUAAGAGCUCAAAUGGUUUACAAUUUGUCUGUGAUGACGAUGAUGACUUCUCAGAAUUGGGUUCUCCAGUAGAAAGAGCCAUUGGGCAGCUGAAGUUAGCGACGGAGAAGCCUGACCCUUUUGUGAAAUAUGAUAAUAGUAGAAAAGUAUCUUCAAGCAAGUCUUCUCGCAGUGAAAGCAAGCAAAGCAGAAAAGGCAGAAUCUUAAAUCUUGAUAAACCUCAUCGAACUUCUUGUGAGUUUGGCAAUGGUGAUGAUGCUUCUGGAUCGAUUCAUACAACUUCAGAUGCUACUAGGACGAAUAGUCGGAGGUCAAUCUCAGUUGGGAAUGUACCUUCUACAAUCAGCCUUUCUCAGCUUGUAGAAGCAGUUUCAGUCUUUGGAAAGGUCUGCACUGCCUCAGUCCGGGAUCUGCCUGAUGGGCUUAACUGUUGGGACAUCCAAUUCGAGAGCAUAGAAUCCUGCAACAGAGCAAUUAGAGCUGGUGCGUUAACUGUUGGGAAGUCUUGUCUUCAAAUCCGUCCUCUGCGGGCUUCGAUGGUUGUUACUAUCAGGAUUAAAGGCAUAUCCGGAGAUGCUUCCUUUGGUGAGAUACACUCAAUCUGUAAAGUUGUUGGCACAACAGAAGGAUUGGCAUGGGUAAGCAAGGAUAGUGUUGAUGCGUUAUUUACAGUUGAGACUGACACAGAACCACAAUCAAUCCUCAAAAAGUUAAAUGGUACUACUGUUGGUGGUCAUCGCCUGUCAGCUUCUUUACUAUCGAGCAACUCAUCCUCUGCUUGCAUGUCUGCAAAUGAGGGUGCUAGAUGCAAGAUGGGCUUACAAAUUAGUAGUUACUUGACAGUACUCAAAUUGCAACUUGAGGAAAAGAAAGUGCAUUUUGAGGAUCUUCAGAUGCUGCAUGAGGGAAUAAUGCACCUUGAAGAUCUGCCUUCCAACGUUGAUUAAUCUGACAUUUGAUUCAUGAUUUUCAAAUUGUCUCCUCUAUUCAAGAAUGUUCGCUUGCUAACAACAGGGUCACUCUCUUCAAGCCUCUCUGUACCCCCUUCCCGCAAACCCUUCAAUGUGCCCCCUUGCCGUUGCUUUUAGUUGCUGAAAUGAGCCUUUUUGCAGCCUGUCCCAUUUGUAAUGGAUUGGCUGCCCUAAGUGUAUUACCAUUAUGUUUGCGAUAGUGAUGGUGACAUGGUCAAUAUAUUCAAGGGGAUUUUAUCAUAUUAUCCCUAUAUGAAAGGAUAGUUGAAUUUUCCC